AUGUUGCGAACGUCGAUUCGAUCCGUGAGGGUGCUCGGUCACAGGCCUGCCGCGGCCGUCAUUGGCCGCCAAUGGCAGGCCGCUGCCGCCCGCCGGAGGCAUUUUGCCGACGACAAGAAGCCCGACCCGACCAAGCCUGCAGUCCUGCCCGCAUCAGAGACCAUCACCGCUGAGAAGAGCGCCGCUCCCGAGCUCGCCGCCGCCGAGGCCACGAUCCCCAAGACUGAGGUCCCUCUCACGCCCCCGACCCCUGCCACCGAGGCCGUCGCGCCUCCCCCUCAGACACCCGCCGCCGCCGCCCCGAAGAAGAAGGGCUUCUUCCGCAGACUGAGGAACCUCGUGCUCACCCUCGCUGUGCUCGGUGCUAUCGGUUUUGGUGGUGGUGUCUGGUACUCCCGCGUCAACGACAGCUUCCACGACUUCUUCACCGAGUAUGUUCCCUUCGGAGAGCAGGCGGUCCUCUACUUUGAGGAGAUGGACUUCCGCAAGCGAUUCCCCAACAUCUCCAACAAGAUCAAGUCGAGAGAUACUGGCAGCCAGGUCGCGGUCCCCGCCCAGAGCGGCGCAUCCUGGAGGGUAGCCGACAACGGUGAGCCUGCUGGCCGUCAGUCUAGUGCUGUUGACAAGGCCCAGGCUGCCAAGGUCGCCGCUGUCAAGGAGAAGCCCAAGUCCGUCGAGAAGAAGAAGAAGGCCGCCGAGCCCAAGCCUGCGCCUGCCGAGGCCAAGGUUGUCGCGCCGAAGCAGGAGGAGAACGACUUCAAGCCCCCCGAGGUCAACGAGCCUUCCCGCUUCCCCCCGAUCCCGCCCAUCGACGCUAUCAAGAUUGAGGACGCGACUGAGCCGGUUGUCCAGGACCUUGUCCGCAUGCUCAACGACAUCAUCACCGUCAUCAACGCCGACAAGGCUCACGGCCGCUACUCCCCCACCAUCACCAAGGCCAAGAACGAGCUGAGCAAGGUUGGAAGCAAGAUCAAGGCUAUCAAGAGCUCCGUCGAGGAGAAGGCUGCUGCCGAGGUCCAGGCCAAGGUUGCCGACUUUGACAAGGCCGCCAACGACCUGAUUGCCCGCGUCGAGGGCGCCAUGGUUGCCCAGGAGGGCGCGUGGAGGAAGGAGUUUGAGGACGAGAUGAAGAAGGUCAAGGAGAGCUACGACGCGCGCGCCAAGCUUCUCUUGGAGCGCGAGAAGCAGCUCAACGAGGAGCGCCUCAACAACCAGCUCCUCGAGCAGGCUCUGGCCCUGAAGAAGGAGUUCGUCACUGAGGUCGAGAAGCACGUCGAGUCGGAGCGCGAGGGUCGCCUGGGCAAGCUCGAGAAGCUGUCCGACGCCGUCGCCGACCUCGAGAAGCUCACCACCGGAUGGAACGAGGUGGUCGACACCAACCUGCGCACCCAGCAGCUGCACGUCGCCGUCGACGCCGUCCGCGCCACCCUGGAGAACGCCACCUCGCCCCGUCCCUUCACCCGCGAGCUCGUCGCCCUGAAGGAGAUUGCGGCCGACGACCCGGUCGUCAACGCCGCUAUUGCCUCCAUCAACCCCUCCGCCUACCAACGCGGCCUCGCCAACGCCGCCCAGCUGAUUGACAGAUUCCGCAUAGUCGCCAGCGAGGUCCGCAAGGCCUCUCUGCUGCCCGACGAGGCUGGUGUUGCCAGCCACGCGUCGAGCUACCUCCUCAGCAAGGUCAUGUUCAAGAAGCAGGGUCUGGCCGACGGCAACGACGUCGAGAGCAUCCUGACGCGCACGCAGACAUUGUUGGAGGAGGGCAACCUGGACGCCGCUGCCCGUGAGAUGAACGGUCUGCAGGGCUGGGCGAAGACGCUGAGCAGAGACUGGCUCGGCGAGGUGAGGAAGACGCUGGAGGUCCAGCAGGCUCUUGAUGUCAUUGCGACAGAGGCGCGUCUGCAGAGCCUCAAGGUAGAAUAA